CGUGGUCAGUGGUGGGAGGGGUGCCAGAAAGAGAGUGAAAGGUAGAGAAAGUCACAGCGGUAGUGAAAUAGAGACCCACUCAGAAGGAGGGCAGCGCACCGUGUAAUGGAUACUAUAAGUUUCAAAAGAUGCUGGAAGACACUUAAAGAAAAAAAUGGAUUAUUACCACUGGGAAGAAAACCCUUAAAAGAAAAAUGUGACACCGGUUUUGUGCUGCACGUGCUGGCAUGAGAUGACGAUGGUGAAGAAAGGGUCAGGAAUGGCCGCUUUUAAAUUCACAACCAUCAUAGUUUGUGCUGUUUUGGUUGGGCAGAGGACGGGAGGUGAAAAAGUGGACCACAGAGAUGCUCUCCUGAAGGAGAUUGUCUCAAAAUGGAGUAAAGAAGCAGGUUUGAGAGCCCCACCUGACACAAACAAGGACCAGUCUUUGCCCUCCUGGGCUAGAAGCAUUAUGGGGGGUUUAAAAACUCUGUUUCCCAGUAAGAACCUGCCUUCAUUAAACAAGCCAAUAGACAGACGCCGUCUCUCUGGAUUCCUGUACAACAUUUCUCUGUAUCUGCAAGAGAUGGGUGCUGAGCUGGAGGACGUACCCGCAGAGCAAGAUGAGGACCAGCUCUGGGAGAAGGUGCUCCAUUUCUUUCUCCAGUCUGAAGGCAACGCAGCCCUGAACCAGUGGAACGGCCGUGUACCGCCCAGACCCAGCGUUAAAGUGCAGGACUGGUUUUUGUCCCUGAGAGGAAGCCCGCACUGGGACUGGCUGCUGGGGCUCCUGCAGAGUCUCAUCUCUCUGUCCGAGCGUCAGCCCCAUAGACCCAUCUUGGCUUUCUUAUCUCAGAACUGGAGGACGGUGAGCGCUGUGCUGGAGGCGACACUGCAGGCUGUAAUCAGUGGGACUUACGGCCAGGCCAGCGCAGGCCUUCAGAGCUUCAUCUGUGCUCUAAAAGGUCGUAGCGAUUGCGCCUUCAGUGUUAGCUGGCUUCAGCAGCUGCUGCAGUUCCUGGAAACGCGCAGCUGGAAGCCAGUGGUCAGUUUGCACCCAGCAGGGGAACCUGCAGGACCCGGCCAGGGUUCCAGUGCAUUUGGACGCUUUAAGCCCUUCAGCUUGCCCCCUGAGGCCAUGUUGAGGCAGGAUGGGUUUUCAGCAAAUGCGUCUGCAGAAAGCACGACGGGCACAGAGGACGAGUUGGACUCGGUGCACAGCUUCCUGCUGCAGGCUUUGUCUCGUUCAGGUGGCGGGGAUCGAGGCGGGCAGCAGGCUCAGAAAAACCUCGCUCUCGUGCAGAGUUUGGAUGGACUCAGACGAGGCCUUCUGCACAGGGUGGGCAGUUCUGUCUACGGCAGCCUGCGGGAGAAAGUGUCACGAGUUACCCUGGCCAUACUCGAUGACGUGAGCGGCCUGGUGGAAGUGCCGCAGGCCAACUUUCAGGGCCGCUGCUCUGUGGGUAACUUAAGGCAGCUGAUCUUGUGGGGGAUAAGACAUAAUGUGAUGUGGAAUGCUCAGGCUUUGGGCGCCAGCUCUCAGGGUCUCCCAAGUUCACUCCCGUUUCUGUCCUGCCCCUCCACCCAGGAAGGGAAAUUACAGUCACCUCCACUGGCAGCUCAAUCAUCUUCAAAAAAGACUCCAUCUUCUCAGAAACCCUUCAAACAGACACAGAGUCGUAAACCCUCAGCUGCAGGUCCCAGACAGUUCACAGAGAGUAAGAGGAAGCAGAAACAGAUGGAGUUCUUCACCUCCACAGAAAUUCUUGAGGCAGCGUGUAAUGACUCCAUCCCAGGCUUGACGGGCGUCUCGAACUUCACCGUCUUCCUCUACUGCAAACUGUUUGAAGGGGAGAACGGGUCGGGUAAUCCUGCUGCGACCCAUUUAGGGCUCGAUCUGCAUGCUACUUGCUCGGAUGCAGCCUGGUACCUGUCUGCAGCUGAGGAGGACUUCUUUUGGGUCCAUGUCUGCACUGAGUUCUUUGCCCAUGAAUUCAACAACACAGUGUGUGCCAACUCUUCUUUCUGGCUGCAGAAAGCACAGCAGGCUGCAGCGCUACAGGACUAUCAUUUCUUUAACCACACAAGCAUCGAUGACCUUUGUGUGCAGCUGUCAAGAGAUGCAGCAGUGAAUCCAGAACUCAGUGAGAACUGUCUGGCUCAGCUGGGCAGCAGGUCGCUCAAUGCUGAAGCUUUCAGAAACUGCUUCCUUCCUAAUAACUCGGUACUGAUCUCAGCUCUGUGUGGUUCCCAGCAGUCCCUGCCAGAAGGCAGCUGGGCUGCAGCAUACUGCUCCAAGAUUGACAACCUCACCUUUGACGACACAUUCAGGGAGCCCUGUGAGUAUAGGGACUGGACUGUGGAAAGUUUCACCAACUUCACCCUGCUGGAGUUGUGUGGACAGACUCAGGGACUGAGAGAGCACAUGUGUUUAGAUGCUACGCUCUACAAGCAGUUGGUAGGACUGAUACCACAGUUUGCAGAUGUCUGUUCAGACCUGCGGGCUCGGCAGGAAAGCAGUAAGUGCCUUCUACAAAGGAUUUUUGACAUGCUUCCAGCACGAUAUGAGUUCGACACCUCCCAGCUGUGCGUGGAGCCGGCCCCAAUGCUGAUCGACCUCAUACACAAGCUGAGCGUCUGUGAGAUGGACGUUGGCGAGCGAGAGGGGUUUCUGGUGGUGCUGGGCUACGUGCUACGUGUCUUGGACUUUGUGGUGGGUCUGUCCUCGGGGCUGGACGAAGGGGAAGGAGAGGCGAGACAGGGUCUGGGCCAGGCCAUCCUCCUGUCCAGUCUCCUUGACAACACUUCCUGGGCCAGCUUGCAACCCGAGGCCUCCAUGAGCGUCCUUCACACCGUGGGGGUCUUCCUGCGCAGAGAGCAGAACGCCACCGUGAAGGAGGACCUGCUGAGCUGCUUCAGUCCCGUCCUCUGGGACCUCAUCCAGCAAAAUGGAAACUCGUCCGCUCUCAGGGUUCUGUUGCAGGAGUAUCUCCAGAUGCCAAAAGACAGCAUCCGUUCUCUGGUGAUGUCUGCAGAGAAAGAGGCUGUGAAGAGGUUUAUCUCACACAUGCAUCAAAGUUGGGAGCAGCUUCAAGUUGAAACCAGCCAGGCCUCUCAACAAGAGUUGCAGGCCAUGGAAACAAUGACAGCGGCUUUCAUCCACAAGUUCCCCAGAGUGACCCCAGAGCUCUUUGUUGACCUUUCUCAGUUCAUCCCCUUCAUGUCUGUUUCCGACAUAAUGAACUUCCCAGCCUCCUUGAUCGUGAACGACAGCGUGCUGACAGCCAUUCGUGACCACAGUGCAGAGAUGAAGUCGUUGCAGAAGAAAGCUUUUGUGAAACGACUGCUGCAGUCGAACACGGUGGGCGACGUGCCCACAUGGCCUCCGUACUUCCUCAGCUCCAUCCUCCCACUUCUGCCUUUCUUACCUGUCCAUCAUUUUCAGCAGCUGACAUCUCAACAGCUGUCUCCUCUGGUGGAGAUGAUAGGGAACAGCAGUCUGGAUGGCGUGCGGGGUCGCCAUGUGCUGCGGACCAUUUUUAGUAAGAGAAAGAACCUGACUGCUGAUGACCUGCUCAGAUUAGGAGUUCUUGCGUGCUACUUGGAUCCUGCAGAACUGGGUUUAUAUCUCCAGGACCCAGCUGUGUUCUCUGCUCUCUGGCAGCAGCUGUCUGAGUGCAUUUCCAAGGGGCUCAUCAGUUCCAGCGGCAGGCUGUCAUCCUGGUUGAUCCCAGCUGUAUCAAGCAGGCUGAACAUCAGCACCGUGACUUCUUCAGAGCUGUCUGCACUUAGUGGUUUGCUGCCCCAGUUAGGAGCCUCCUUCCUGCUGUCACUCACCUCACAACGACUGCGGGAAAUCCUGUCACAGCCGGGUUUUCACACAUUUUCACCAGCGCAGUCAUUUCAGAUUUUAUCCAAGAUCACAAAAGACGGCAAUCUUUCUGUGGAAAACCUGUGCAGCCUGAAGCCACUACUCUCCGGUCUCUUCCCCGCUGCGCUCCGAGACCUCCGGUGGACUGAUUUCAGUGAGGAUGCCCACUGUGCGUGCUGGAGAGGGCUGCAAACUGAGCUCAAGCCUGGACACAAAGCCAUGUUAUUCAAUGCAAUGCAGGAGACUCUCCUCAAAGACUCGAGGAACUUCUCUCAGCAGGCAAACUGUCUGCUUCCCUUUGUCCCUCUGAGAAAGCUGAUACCAGCUAUGAGUGGCGACACCAUUUGGAGAGGCAUUAGCGCAUACAGAGAUGUACAGUGGUCUCCACAGCAGGCUCAAUUUCUGUUCAGACAAAUCAAUGAAUUCAAAAACAUCACCAUCAAGACGGUGAAAGAUCUGGGUCGUGUUGCUGCUGGAAUGAGUUGUGACUUUGUGAGGCGUUUUACCAACCACACAGAUUUUACUGAGCUGCUUCAGUUUUUGACUGAUCUACCUGGAGGUCCAAGACCGGCUCUGCGAAAAUGCCUUGUAGAUGAGCUGCGGAAAACACCUGAACUUGACUUCGGUUCUUUGAGUUCUGGGUUUGCAGCAACAUUGCCGGUAACAAUGCUGGAGAACCUGUCAAAUGCGUCUGUCAGAGGAAUCCUGAGCCACAUUCAGCUGCACUUUCUUGAUUUCCUGAGACUGCCUCAUUAUAAACAGACAAAUUUAGCUGAGAAAGCCUUAUCUGAGCUGGGUUCUUCUCUGGCUCAGGGGAUGAUUGAUGGCGCCCUUCUGGACGUCCUGGGGCCUCUGUUGCCAUUUUUGGACAGAGACAGUCUGGCUCUGGUGGACAGAGGAGCGCUGGCUCUGCGGCUGGAAGAGAUGAGGAGUUUCUGCCUUCCCAAAGAGGCGCUCAGAGACAUCAGUGACCUUCUCACUCAGAGAGAUUUGCUUGGAAAUCCAUCUAAAUGGCAGGUUGGGGACGUUGAACAUCUGGGAAGGUUGGUGUUUGCUCUCUCAACAAAACAGAUCAACUCCAUUCCCCUGACGGUAUUAAACAAGACCACAGUGGAGCAGGUUCUGGUGGGUCAAAAGCGCUGGGAGGAAAGUCUGGUCGGUGGGAUCUGCAUCAGUCAGUGUGUGGACCAACAGUACCACAGAAAGCAGACCUGGAGUCUAAUUCGAGGAAUUGUCAAAGCACGAAACCGGAGAGCGAAAGUGCCAGUUCCAAGCUGUGCGGACGUCAGAGGAACGUUCCCGUCUGCAUGGACCCCCACCCAGCUUCGCCGCAUGUCCCUGGAUGAGCUGAAGGCGUGUGUUGAGGUUUUUGGUCGGGAUCCGUCGCUGAGCUCUGAGCAGCGACGGUCGCUCUGGGGGAAGCUCAGGCAGUCCUGGAGUCCGGCGAGGGAGCUGAGAGCGGAUCAGGUGCUAGCUUUGGGGUCAUUGCUGACAGAGAUGGGAGACAGAGAGCUUCAGGACACCAACCUCACUGAUCUGGGCGUGUUGGUGCAUCUGGGCUCACUCACCAACUGGACCCCUCGAAAAAUGAGAGCGGUGGUUUUAAGUGUGCUGCGGAAAAGCGGACUGAAAGUGGAACAUUUAUCAGUAGUCGAAAUGGCAACGCUUGGCCAUCUGAUCUGCGGUCUGAACCCCGCAGAGAUUAAACGUCUGAGCCCCUACAACCUCAGCGUGGCCGUCCUGUUCCUGCGGGAAGCGACCCUGCCCUGCACGGAGCAGCAGAUGGAGGCGCUGACAAACUGCCUGGCCAGAGCCGAGGCCUUUGGUCCUGUCAGUGCUUGGGGGCCGGAGAUUUUCACUGAAAUCGGGACGCUUGCAGCGGGCCUGCCUGAUAUAGUGCUGUCAGCUCUGCUGCGAGAACAAGUGGAGGGAAUCACCCCUGAAGCUGUAGCGCUGAUGUCUCCAAAAAAAAUGGCAGUGGUGUUCAGUGCAGUGCAGUUAUCGUGGCUGAGUGCAGAGCAGGCGUGGGCCGUCACAGAGGAGCAGUGGGCAGAGCUGGACGCAGAGCAGAGGCACGCUGUUGGACUGGCUCGCUACGAGGGAGACGUCCUGAUGGAGCUCAGAGGACGAAACUCUUCUCCAUCAGUCCUGAACACGGACAGCUUCGCUCUGUGCCCACUGGCUCUGUGCCUUUUGUUACAGCACCUAAUUUAAAAUGAUGGGAAAAAAAUUGAUCCUCACAUUGACUUCUCCUGGUAUUAUAUUUGUAACGCAAAUAAAUAUUUUCAA